AUGGAAGAGCUUCAAGCUGUCAUUAGAGAAAAGCCAGAGCUUAAGCAAUAUCUUGAAGAGAAGCUUUUUCCAACACUUACAGAUGGCUUUGAGGCUCUCUUAGUAGAACAGGAAUUAAUGAGCAAAAGAGUUAAUUCCGGCGAAAAGCUCCCAGAAAUUCAGCCAAUCUUAUUCUUGGCGCAGUAUUUAAUGCGACACAAUCCUAAUGCAUAA